AAUUUAAAAGACCCUUGACAGAACUGUAAAUUACAACCAGUCACGAUAAGUAAGAUUUUGUCAAAAGCUAACAAAAAAGUAACACCGCACUUCGAACCACCGUGCGACCGUUGCAACAAAUUACUUCUGCAUGCAAAACUGUUACACCCAUCUUGGUUAAAUGUGUCCUCCCAAUGAUGACGAUUGGUGGUGCAUCAUUCAGUUUCGUAGAGCUAAUCAGAGUGGAUGGUGGUAAGCAGACAGUUCAGCCAGAGAGAUGAAAUUCGCAGUUCCAACGAUAGUUUUGGCUUUCCUAAUUGGAAAGUGCAGUGCAAAAGGGAUGGAACCAAGCGUUUUCACCAUAGAUAUGAACGACAUAUUGAAUGAAAAUCUUAUGCCAGCAAGUUUUUUGAUGCUGGAGGGCCCGGAAAGUUCAGAAGAACUACCGAUGGAAGGUAGGACAGAAUCGGCAGCGGCUGUGGAUCCCGAGAAUAAUCUGGUGAAUUUGACUCGAGAAGAUGGUACCUUUGGAACGGCGUUCUCCACGAUGGGAUUUCAUAGAAAAAUGAUCAACAGCUACCUUUGCAAUGGCUUCGUCGCCAAUCAAAUCAUGUCCGAAGUCAUUCCUGGCUCAUUUGGCAUAUCGAGACGCGUCGGAACUGGUGUAGUGAUUGCAGACAACGGUGUUCCCCUGUCCAAGGACGCGAUGCUCUUCGACCAAGGAUCGUCCGGUUAUGUCGAUUGGUUGUCCAAAUCUACGACUCUGGACGACAUUUACCGCAACUACCUAUCGUCAUCAUUCAACGGCACUGACCAUACCAACCAUCGCUCAGAUGGGAUGCAUCCGAUUUCGAAUCCUCGAACUGGUGAGGAUGAAUACUUCGACGAAGGGGUUAUCACGGGAUACGCCGUCCAUCAUCCCGAUCCCCAAACUAUGCAACAAGCUCAGCCCGCUCAGCCACCUUAUCACGGUCCUUACAACUCCUACCAGCAACAACACCGUUCCCCGUACAAUCCUAAUCCCUACCAGCAUCCCAAUCCACCUCCCCCAGCCUACGCUCCACAACAGGCCCCAAGCCAUACCCACAAUCAAUACGAACUCCUUCAGGGCGAAACCCCGUACAACGGAGCCCGUGGUGACUACGGCUACCACACGUCCAUAGGGAUCGAGGAAAAGAGCAUUGGCAAGGGUUUGGGGCUAAAAGACCUGUUCGACAUAGCCCUGACCACUUUGGCGUUUCUCUCGUUCGGGAUGUUCAUCCUGCAGGUGAUCAUGUGCAUUACGAUGACCAAAACGGACGCCAACAUGAUGAUGAUUCCGGUGGAUGGUGAAGUGGACGGGGAUGGGUCGGUGGAAGUACGGCGCCGAACUGCUCGGGCUCUGUUGGACAUGGAGAGUGCCCGGUUGAGGGAGAUCAACGAGAUUGCGCGGAAGCUGCUGGACUCGAUGGAUGCCGCUGUGUUUGCCCGGCGAGACGAGGGACAGUGUGUGCAGCGAGUGAUUUGCGAGAGUCAGCAGUUGUCGAAGGAACUGAAGUAUGCCAGAGGGUAUUGGAUGUCGGUGUGGAAUUUGGGAGUAAGCUGGCUGACGGGCAGUAUGGUGGAUCCGGAUAGCAGCUCUGGAGCCACUCUCGGCUGUUUGCGGGCGAUUCUCGUUGGCCUGGGAGGCGGAAAGUGCGAAAAGGUGUAUGGUUGCACAAAAGUUCAGAACACUGGUUCGAAGAAGUCAUAGUUCUGAGUAAUUUUGUGGCAAGAUCAACACUGUUUAAGACUUAUUUUAUUUGAAGUGAAUAAAUUAUCCUACUCUUUAUUAAUGAUUUUACCAACAGAUGUUGAGCCUGCUUCUAAGUUUAAUGUUCUUUAAACAAUACUAAUUGAUCAAGUGCAUCACACAACCACAGACUAGUUUAACAGCAGUGAUACUAUGAUACAUUGAUACAUACUGCCCUUUGCUGGCACUUUACCAGAUUUGCUGGUAUGUCUGAAACAUACCGGAAAAACUAUAUAUAAUGAGAAGGCACGAAAUGUUGCUAAUUGACAAUGAAAUUUAUGAUAAAAAUCACGUUCUGGUGGGAAUCGAACUGACCAGCUUUAACCAACUAAGCCACAGAACAGGAAAGGAUUCUGAGGAAUACAAAGCCAAACUGACUCCGAAACCACAUCGUGAACACUGCUUUUUCACAAACCCAUCUCUCUUUCGCGUUACAUAACUUACUUACUUCCAAUCCUGGGCACCCACUGUGGUGCAGAGGGCCGAAUCGAAAGAUUUCCAUCCUGGGCGAUUGCCAGCCAUCGCACAAUGGGAAAAAAUAGGCAUAUAACGCGAAUAAAUUCAAUAUCUCCGCUCGGAGUGGAUGGAUUCGAAUGAAUUUUUGAAACAAACUACA